ACAACCGCUAAUAAACCAUAGAAGAAGUAGAGGACUGUGGAGGAAUAAAAUGUUUUUAAAAAUCUGCUCGCUGGAAGUAAAUUAAACGUUGGAUUAAAAGGGAAUUUUUUUUUUUUUUACAAUAUUUGCAAGACCCCAGUAAUAAAGACGGUGCAGGUGAAUGUAAGAAGAUGGUACUGAAAGAGAUUCCAACAGACAACAUCACUCGCCCUUUGGGCCGGAACGAGGUCAUAGGUCUACUCUUUCGCCUCACAAUAUUUGGUGCCGUCACAUAUUUUACAAUAAAGUGGAUGGUGGAUGCCAUUGAUCCAACAAGAAAACAGAAACUUGAGGCACAAAAACAGGCCGAGAAACUCAUGCGGCAGAUUGGAGUACAGAAUGUGAAGCUUUCUGAAUAUGAGAUGAGCAUCGCAGCUCAUCUUGUGGAUCCUCUAACUAUGCAGAUUACAUGGUAUGACAUUGCAGGCCUGGAUGAAGUCAUAACUGAACUGAAAGACACCGUUAUACUUCCGAUCCAGAAGAGACAUCUGUUUGUAGGAUCCAGGCUUCUUCAGCCACCCAAAGGUGUGUUGCUGUAUGGGCCUCCAGGCUGUGGGAAAACACUUAUAGCCAAAGCUACGGCCAAAGAGGCUGGAUUCCGGUUCAUUAACCUGCAGCCUUCCACUCUCACUGACAAAUGGUACGGGGAAUCCCAGAAACUAGCUGCUUCUGUCUUUUCCCUGGCCAUCAAGCUACAGCCCUCUAUUAUCUUCAUCGAUGAGAUCGAUUCCUUUUUGAGGAGUCGCUCAAGUUCAGAUCAUGAGGCCACCGCUAUGAUGAAGGCUCAGUUCAUGAGCUUAUGGGACGGACUGGAUACUGACUACAACUGCCAGGUCAUAAUAAUGGGAGCCACCAAUCGGCCACAAGAUCUUGAUUCUGCAAUACUCCGAAGGAUGCCCACAAGAUUCCACAUCAGUCAGCCUAAUGUCAAGCAAAGGAAAGACAUAUUGAAACUGAUCCUCAAGAAUGAGAAUGUUGAGUCUGCUGUGGACUUUGGUGAAAUUGCAAAACAGACCGAUGGGUUCUCAGGAAGUGACCUCAGAGAGGUGUGCCGAGAUGCUGCUCUGCUUUGUGUGCGUGACUUUGUGCACCAAGAAAGUCCAGAUGAAGACUUCAUCCGUCCCAUCAGGCAGGAAGACUUGCAGAGGGCAAUUGGGAAGAUGAGGAAGUCCAAAUCUGCAGGACUGCAAGAGGCGUUUAUGCAUGUACCACUGGACUGAAAUGUGAUGCUGCUGUUUUAAAAGAACAAGAAACUAGAUUUGGUCUAUUUUUUCUUAUUUGUGGCAUAUCGUCAUGUUUUGCAAGAGGGGAAAACUCAGGAUUUAUAAAUGGUGGAAUGAGUUUUUAUUUUAUUUAUGUUUUGCACUGUAAUUCCAAUACUGUAUUUGCAACUCAAUCGAUGAGCCUUAUUAAAAAAAUAAUCAUUCUAAUUAAAUGUGUACAACCAUUCUUAAGUAAAUUGUCACUUCAGUGGGACAGUUUAUGAAAGAAUGGAACAGUUUACAUAAAAUUCAUUUUGCUUGUGUUUCAAGAAUAAGGCCUAAUGUGUUUGUCUUCAUAGCUUUGGUUUGUGUGGAUUUGCUUGUUCUGUAAAACCCUGUGAGAGGUUUGUGAAGAUGGGGAAACAGUGUAGUUAAUAUUUCCAGUUAUGUAUAAGGUACGUACAUUCCCCUGCAAUAAUACUUUUUUACAAUAUGUAAAAAUUCAGCUGAUUUGUAAGCACAAAAACAUCAACACAAUUUUAACUCAGAACAUCUUGUUUCCCCAGCGAGUGAAUUAUUUGAUUGAGGUGCAUUUAUGGAUUUGUAAGCCAUUUAUAUUUAAUAAAAUGUUUAAGCGUUUAAUUUAGCCCAGAGUAGAGGUUAUGUGAUGACCUGUUGUAUAGAUAUUUAUUUGUAAAACAUUAAAUAUGCUCACACAG